CUGCACCUAACCAUAAAAAUAAAGGUUGUUGAUUUACAAAACGAAAACGAAUUUAGAAUAAAAUUGAGGGCUAAAAGAUAAAUAAAUAUGGAUAGUCCAGAAAAUCCACAACGUGGACCAAUCAUAAUAAAAAAUAUAACUGAUUUGCAACGUUUGAAGCUAGAAAAAUUGAUGAAAAACCCAGAUAAACCGGUAAUUAUUCCCGAAAAACCAAAAGAAAAGGGUGUUCCCGCAGUACCUGAAUUUGUUAGAAAUGUAAUGGGCUCCAGUGCUGGAGCUGGAUCUGGUGAAUUUCAUGUGUACCGUCAUUUAAGAAGAAAGGAAUAUGCAAGACAAAAGUACAUGAAAGAAAGAGGAGAAAAGGAAAGGUUGGACGAUGAAUACAGAAAAAAAAUUGAAGAAAAUAAGAAGAAAGCAGAAGAAAUAACAUCUAAAAAAAGGGCUAAAAGGCUUAAAAAGAAAGCAAAAAUGAAGGAGAAGAAUAAAAGGUUGAAAAAAGAAGGAGACAAUGGCAAAGCUAAAGAAAAUCAGACGAAUGAAUCUGAUUCUUCAGAAUCAACAGACGAAAGUUCUGAAAAGGAAUAAUACAAUGUAAAUAACCGUGUUAAGACCGAAAAGAAAGAUUUGCUCUGUUCAGAAUGAUAAAAUUUGUUUUGAUAGGCUUUAAUUCCUUUUUUUGUGUUUUCUUAUUGAUUUAAGUUUAUUAAACUUAGGAGUGAAAG